AUGUCCUACAAACGCAAAAAGUCCCUCCUCAUCGGCAUCAACUACGUCGGCUCCGCGCAUGAACUGAAAGGCUGCCACUCCGACGUCGACAACAUGGCCGAAUUCCUCUCGUACCGAGGCUACGACAACGGGCACAAGGACCGCGUCAUCCUCUCCGACCUCCCGGAAGUAUCCCCAGACUCACCCUACUACCCCACCGGCCACAACCUGCUCGCCGCGAUGGACUGGCUCGUCAGCGAGCCCGGCUGCACGCUGUUCAUGCACUACUCGGGCCACGGCGGGCAGAUCGCCGACGUCGACGGCAACAGAGGCGUAGGCGGCAUGGACAACACCGUCGUGCCCGUCGACUUUGAGCAGCGCGGACAGAUCUCCAGCACCAUCCUGCAUGAGCAUCUGGUCACGCGCAUGGCCGCCGAUUGCACGCUGUUCAUCAUCAUGGACUGCUGCCACUCGGGCUCCGCCGUCGAGCUCCCGUUUGUGUACCGCUCCGACGCCGACGGGCAAAUCAGCCUCAUGGACAACGUCAAGGCGGGCGCGCGCCUGCUCACCGAGGCAAAUGACCUGAUCAACGGCGGCUUCAGCUACCGCAAGCUCGGCGAGGCGCAGGAGCUGCUCGCGGGCGCGUCGUCGUUCUUCAAGGGCCUGCGCCACAUGGGCGAGCAGGAGGAAGAAGGGCUCAGCGCAGGCGAGUUCGAGGGCCAGUACGGCAGCGAGAAGAAAAUGGUCACCAUGUUCAGCGGGUGCAAGGAUGACCAGACGAGCGCGGAUGCGCGCAUCGCCGGCGAGGCGACGGGCGCCAUGACCUGGGCGUUUCUCGAGACCAUGAAGAGAGAACAGACGCCCACGUAUGCUGCGACCCUGCAGAUGACGAGGCAGUUGCUGGGUCAGAGCAAUUACUCGCAGAUCCCGCAGUUGAGCUCUGGGCUGGAUAUCGAUCUGGACAACAUGACUCUGGUCUUGUAG